AUGAGGUUACAACCCAUCAUCAGUGCCUUUGGGUUGCUUGCUAGCGUAAAUGCAGGACUAUUACGCUUCGGAUGCGCACAGUUGACCGUUCAGCGACUCGACCCAUUGGUCAACCCAGGAGCUAAUCCGUCGCCACAUCUUCAUCAGAUCAUCGGAGGUAACUCAUUCAACGUGACGAUGGACCCUACCAAAGGUCACGAUCUAGCGGCGCAGUCAACUUGCACUACCUGCGAGUUUACCGAAGACCUAAGCAACUAUUGGACCGCAGUAGUGUACUUUAAAGCAAAAAACGGUACUUUCAAACGCGUCCCUCAACGAGCGCAACAAGGCAUGGAGGGUACGAAUGGCGGCAUGGUCGUAUAUUAUAUGACAGACGCCCUCUUCAGCACUUCGCAAACUACAAAAGUAACAGCUUUCAAGCCAGGUUUCCGCAUGCUAAUUGGCGAUGUCUCGUACCGUACACGCGAAGCAGCUCGCGACUUUCGCCAAUUAACCUAUAUAUGUAUGCAGAAUGAGGGUACUCGGGAGCCGGAAACGCUCGAGUUUCCUAAGCAGCCGUGCCCAGCGGGUAUCAUGAUCAAUCACAGAUUUCCAACCUGCUGGGAUGGUGUAAACCUCGAUUCACCAAACCACCGUGAGCACGUCUCAUACCCAGCAACCGGCACAUUCGAGAAUGGCGGCGCAUGUCCAUCAACGCACCCCAUUCGUAUUCCUCAAAUUCUGCUUGAGACUGUCUGGGACACGAAGCAGUUCAACAACAAGGCAGACUGGCCCACUGACGGCAGUCAGCCAUUUUUGUGGUCUAGUGGCGAUGCGACCGGCUUUUCGACCCAUGCGGACUACCUCUUCGGCUGGAAGGAUAACUCGCUACAGAAAGCCAUGGAUGGGAACAACUACGUGUCAGCUCCAACGCUUAAGAAGCAGAACAUUGCUACACAAAACAGGUGUAAUGUCAAGGACAUGGUCGGCGAGAAUUUUGAUGGCUGGCUCACAGCAUUGCCGGGUGGUAUGCAGGUGAAUUGA